UUGGAAAGGAAAAUAAAAGAAAAACCGGAUAAGACAAGACAGAGGAGCAACCAAACAAUGCGACGCUCUGUCGCUCUCACUCUUGGGACCAGUGUCAGUGUACUUCCAAACGUUAGCGUGGAGGGUCGUGCGGCGCAUCAAGAUGGCAAACUGCAGUUCUAUCUUGGAUUUUGUUUUCAGCGACGAGGUCCCACACUGGCUUUUACACUUAUUCAUCACCUACUGCUACGCCGUCUGCUUCCUCGGCCUCUUCUGUAAUGCGGUGGCGGUGUGGUGUGUGGCGGGCUGCCCGAGGACACGCCCUGCCGUCAAGAUGUUGUUGUGUGCUCUCUUCUCCUCCACCCUCCUCGUGUGUCUGCUGGUGGUGCCAUACAUGGUCUAUCUCGGGAUGUCUAAGCUGUGGUGUGUGGAUGAAGUGAAGGUUUGGGUCUUUCUAGGAAUGAUGGGAAUCAUGGUUAUCCUGAUGGAGCUUGAAGUAUACUACAUCCUCGUCCUAGCUGUCCUCAGGACAGUGGCGGUGUGGUCCCCUCUGAGGCACCAGGUGAAGCUACGGACAAGUGUGGCGCUGGUGGUGGGCGUCGCUGUCUUUGUUACAGCUACCACUGCGGCAAUGCUUGCACUACCCUCGGCAUCCCCGGCAGACACGAACAUUUUUCAGUUAACUUCAUUAGUUUUGACCGUCCUACAUUACUUCCUGCCAAUGGUCAUCACCCUCGCCUGCUACUGCUCCAUGAUAUUCGUGGUAAGACGCAAUAAGCGCCGCCUGGCUGUCACUCCGGACACGGCAGGGACGGGUCAGAUGAUGGACCAGGCCACGCGGGCCAUGUUGGCGGUCUUCAUCAGCAACAUGCUACUAAGCACGCCGCAGUUUGUGUGUGCCUUUCUCUUUUAUACGCCUAAUCUUUCCCAGAGCAAUAUCUUUGUGGUGUCCUAUAUCAUUUUCUUUACGCAUUUGUUCGUUGACCCACUGGUGUUUGUGUGUUUCAACCUGCACCACCGGCAACGCGUCUUGCAGGCACUAAAGUCCUGCCUGCAAUGGGUCACCUGCAGGCCGCGUUGUGUACUCCCGCACGCCACCUCCACCCUGCCCCUCCACUCAUUCCAGAAAGAUGCACACGGAUCAUACGUCUUCUGGAACAUUUUCAAUGGCACCAUUCCUGACCCGCUGAUACAAUUCUUCAUCUUCUAUUGCGUCGUCGUCUGUUUCUUCGGCCUCCUCUGUAAUGUAGUGGUGCUGUGGUGCGUGGCGGGCUGCUCGAAGACACGCCGUGCCGUAAAGGUGCUGCUGUGUGCGCUCUUCUGCACCCUCCUGCUGUGUUUGUUGGUGAUGCCCUUCAUGGCCCACGUCGCCAUGUCCAAGCUGUGGUGUGGCCUGCAGGUCAACAUGUGGCUCAUCCAAGGCUUCCUGUUUGUCUAUGUCAUCCUGACAGAGAUGGAGCUCUUCUUCAUCCUCGUUAUGGCCUUCCUCAGAACAAUAGCGGUGUGGUCCCCGCAGAGACACCAGGUGAAGCAACGGACCAGUCUGGCCCUAGUGAUGGGUGUCGCUCUCUACUCUAUUGCCAUCACUUCGGCACUGAUGGUUCCCUACUGGGUAGACAUCGUGGACGAAAGCACCGCCAUAAUAAUAGCACGAGUCCUUAGCGUCACCCACUACUUCCUGCCAGUGCUUCUCACUCUCGCCUGCUACUCCUCCAUGAUAUUCGUAAUAAGACGCAACAAGUGCCGCCUGGCCGCCACUCCAGACACGGCAGAGACGGGCCAGGUGAUGGAUCAGGCCACGCGGGCCAUGCUGGCGGUCUUCAUUAGCAACCUGCUCUUCGGUCUGCCGCACUCCAUCUAUCACAUUCUGUCUUAUCCUGGCCAUGUCGUCCCCCGCUCACUGACGAGAGCGGCGGGACUUAGUGUGUUGCCAGACGUAGUGAUCAACGUUGUGGUGCUCCUCCCAGCCUUGAUCAGGCAAUGUUUUGUUAGUGUAGUGUACUCGUGUUUCGCCUCCAAGCGUCACGCAGCUUUCAAUGAGUGCUACCAUUUAGAAUAUGACUUUGUGGCAUUAGAAAAAAGCAAAACCAAACUUAAACAUCUACAAACAUUCCUCAAAAUACCCCAAAACACCCCCAAAACACCCAACACACCCCCUAAAACACCCAGAAUACACUUCCAAACCCCCAAAACAACCCGUAAAGCCUCAAAACAUCUCCAAACACCUCUUAAACACACCCAAAACAGCCCGUCAAGCCACGAGGGACAGACAAGGAUGGCGAAUUGCACUGUGACUUAUACCAGGUUCAACGGAGACAUCCCAGAUUCCCUGCUGUACUUCUUUAUAAUCUACUGCAGCGCUGUGUGUCUCGUCGGCACUCUAUGUAACGUGGUGGUGCUGCGGUGCGUGGUGGGCUGCUCAAGAACUCCUCCAGCGGUAAAGAUUCUCCUGUGUGCCCUCUUCUCCUCCACCCUCCUGAUGUGCCUGUUGGUGAUGCCUUUCAUGGCCCACGUCGGGGUGUCCAAGGCGCGCUGCGACGGACAGAUUCCUAUCAUGGCCAUCCGCGUCGUGAUCACCAUCUACAUUAUCCUGACGGAGAUGGAGCUUCUGUACAUCAGCCUCAUGGCCCUUCUGAGGGCGAUUGCAGUGUGGUCACCCACCAAGAGAGAGCUGAAAAUACCCGCAGCCGUCGCUCUUUUGGUUGGCAUCUUGAUCUACUCCACAGUGAUGACGCUGCUCUUGCUUGCUGCUUUCUGGUACGACAUAGUGAGCGGAUACACUGGCUUCGUACUGGCGCAGAUCUACAACUCAAUCAACUUCCUCGCGCCAGUAGUGUUCACCAUAGCCUGCUACCUCUCCAUGCUGCUCGCUGUAAGACGCAACCAACAUCGUCUGGCCGCCACCCCAGACACUGCAGCGACGAGCAAAGUGAUGGACCAGGCCACGCGGGCCAUGCUGGCGGUAUUCAUCAGCAACCUGCUCCUCGGCCUGCCACACUCCAUCUACCAUCUCCUGCCUCGAUACGACAACCAAGUCUUCUCCUAUGUCACCAUGCAUAUCAUUUUCUUCACACACCUGUUCGUUGACCCGCUGGUGUUCGUGUUUUUCAACAUUCAACACCGGCAACGUGUCCUGCAGGCACUCAAAAUGUGUAUGCAGUGCGUCACCUGCAGGCAGCUCUCCGCACUCCCGCACGCCACCUCCACCCUGCCCCUCCACCUCACAUCCUCCUCCUCCUCUUCCUCCUUACAGCAGCAGCGGGAGAGGACCUGAGACAAGUUUUUUUGUGAAGUGUUACC